AAAGGGCCACGCGCCCUCCGACUGCCCCCCGGGGCGCCCCGGCCCGACCCUGGCCUCGUGGGGCUCUCGCAAGGGAAGGUCCUCGUUCUUCGGUUUGGGAGGGCCAGGUUUUCUUCUCUUUGCGUCGCCCGGGGCUGUCCUUGUGGCCUUGUGCUCUGCUGCUCUGCGCUGCUCUGCGCUUGCCUUGCCUUGCCCGCCUCGUUGCUUUGUCUGCUGCUGCUGCUGCUGCGUUCCGUUGUGGGGUGAUUCUGCUUUGUCUGCUGCUGCUGCUGCUGCUGCGGAGCGAGGGAGACAUCCGAUUGAUGUCUGCGCUGCGCGUCAGUGGGGCAAUCUGCUGUCGCUGAAGUGCAGUGCAGUGCAGGGGGCAAUGGCGAGUCGCCAGGCAGCAGGGCUGGCCCGCCGGGGGACCGUUUCCUAUAUUUCCUACAUAUCUAGGGUUCGACGCGGGCCAGGAUCGGACGGGGUUGUUAGAUCCGGAGCAAUUUCGGAGCAGCAGUGUAGAAAUUUGAUGCAACGCAGUUUUCAUGGCCAAUCUCCGCUUCGUCCAGAUACUUCGGAUUUUUUGUCCAGGUCGUCUCCUAAGUUGACAUCUGCGAUUUUGCCAAGACAGUAUGUCGCUUUGCAGACUAGCCGGUCAUACUCCUCGGAUCUGCCUCCUCAUCAAGAGAUUGGAAUGCCAUCCUUGUCACCGACCAUGACACAGGGUAAUAUUGCAAAGUGGAGGAAGAAAGAAGGCGACCAGGUGGCUGCAGGAGACGUUCUUUGUGAAAUCGAAACUGACAAAGCAACUUUGGAAAUGGAAUCCAUGGAAGAUGGUUAUCUUGCAAAAAUCAUUGUUGGUGAUGGCGGCAAGGACAUCCAAGUUAACCAGGCUAUCUGCAUUAUGGUGGAAGACAAAGAUGAUAUUGCCGCGUUUAGUAAUUAUCAAGGUGCAGCUGCUGCUGCCCCUAAAGCAGCUGCCCCAAAAGAAGAGGCUUCAUCUCCUCCUCCUCCUCCUCCACCUUCCCCAACUCCUGCUCCUCGAAGAGAAUCCACAUCAUCAGCCCCACCAGCCCCAAAAUCAGAUGGCAGCCGUAUAUUCGCCAGCCCUGCCGCGAGAAAGCUUGCUGAGGAAAAAAAUGUGUCUCUUUCCAGUUUGAGGGGUACUGGACCAGAUGGACGGAUUGUCAAGGCCGAUGUUGAGGACUACUUAGCCACUGGACCUGCACCCGCGAAAAGGGAGACUCAAGCAGGAACAACAGCUGCAGUUCCAGCAACAACUCGUCAAGCCGAAGGUGUUCUUGGUGACGUGGAUUACACCGACAUUCCCAACAAUCAAAUUAAGAGGGUUACUGCUCGUAGACUUCUUCAAUCCAAGCAGACCAUUCCACACUAUUAUUUGAGUCUUGACACACGAGUAGACAAGCUUCUGGCGUUGCGAGAGCAGCUGAAUCAAGCACAAGAAGCUGCUAAACGAAAGAAGUUAUCUUUGAACGACUUUGUGAUUAAGGCUGCUGCUUUGGCCACAAAAAAGGUUCCUGAGUGCAAUAGCUCUUGGACAGAUGACUUCAUCCGACAGUUUCACAACGUCAACAUCAGUGUUGCUGUGCAGACCGAUCAAGGUCUUAUGGUCCCUGUUGUCAAGGACGCAGACAGAAAGGGACUCGCUGCCAUUUCAGAAGAUGUCAAAAUCUUAGCUGAUAAGGCUCGAUCGAACUCUUUGAAGCCCGCUGAUUAUGAGGGUGGAACAUUCACUGUCUCAAACCUAGGAGGGCCUUUCGGGAUCAAGCAAUUCUGUGCCAUUAUCAACCCGCCACAGUCGUGUAUACUUGCUGUUGGCACGACCGAGAAACGAGUUGUGCCAGGUGCACAAGACGGGGAAUAUACCUCUGGUACUUUCAUGGUUGUCACACUAAGUUGCGACCACAGAGUUGUGGACGGUGCUAUUGGCGCCCAAUGGCUUGGGGCUUUCAAAGGAUACAUUGAGGACCCGAUGACCUUACUACUUUGAGGUCAUUCGUUUUGCCAAGGAAACAGGAUGACAUUACUACUAUUGAGUUUCGUGGCCUAUCGUGAGCCGAUGUCAGCAAGAACACCAAGGGGCAUGUUUUACGGAAGUAUGUCCAUUCAAACCUAGCUUCAUGUAUCAGAUGAUACGAGUCAUCAUCAUUCGAUGCAGGCCAUGGUCCUAUCCUGGUUCUGGGACACUUAUGGCUUCGCGAGUCUUGCUAGGCAUCCCUCUCUGAGAGCCUGAGUUUUGGUGUAUCAAUAAGAGGGUUGCAGAUAUUCUCUACCCUAUUGAGAGACAGCAGCUGUUUGGAUGAAUGUGGAUAUCGGUCAAGUUCUAUAAUUUAUUUGUCAGAGGCGUUAAAAGAGAGGUCUUCGUGAGAAAGUGCUCCAGCUGGCCUAAAUAAUCAUUCCUGUACAUUUUUUUUCCCGUAACAUCAGGGGGUGACCAUAUUCUUCCCAUCAGACUUUAACCUUCGUGAAAAAAUUUAGGCCGGAAGGAGCAUUUGUGGCGAAAUUUUUUGAGGAUGUGGCCUUACAGUUCAUCCUCAUUUCGAGUGAAAGAGUUUACAACCUUCCGAAUUCAAAGGACGAAUGGUCCACACCGCUCAGUGUCUGUAGUCUAUUGUAUUGCGUGUUCGGCCCAUUUUCGAUGAUAACAUUUUAGCACUAGGAUGCGUCGUCAGUAACUUUGGGAGUAUAUGUGAGAAUUGUAUGUCUUACUGAACCCGGUUAAGAUAUCCAGAAGGCUGGAUAAUCUCUCUCAUCACAACGAAAAACGUGAAAUUG